AUGGCUAUUUUGCUCGUUCUUGAGAGAUAUUCUCUGUCUCUCAAGAACACGGAAUACAGCCAAAAUGUAAAGAGUAUAUAUGUUACGUUUUAUUGUAACCGAAUCUAUAUGUUUUAAGUUUGAGAGUAAAGAAUUAAUUAGGAACAAGCACAUUUGAAAACCGCAGGGGUCGCGAGGCCAAUUCGCCAUUUGAAACUAUUAAUAUACUGGAAUGAUUGGCUUUGCAUAUCAUAACAAAACCAAUUAAAGCAAAGGUAACCAAGCAUCAGAAUUGUCUAAUGAGUGAAUUACUCCUAUAUACGACUCGUGUUUCGUUAACAUCUUCCAGUUGAUUUGAUACUCGUUAUUUCAAUGCGGCUUGAGUCCACUUCAUGUUGUAACAAUAGAGUCUUGAAUAUUUGUUCUUUUGUUUUAGUUGACUGUUCUGACUCGUCAAAGAGGAUACACAGAAAGAAUAGUCUAGAGAAGAAGUACGAUAGAAGCUCACAAAAUGAGGUUAUUUCUACCAGAAAAUUACCUGAAAUUUCAGAAAAACCUCUUGAUACGACUUCAGAAUUUGGAAGGACCUACAGGAACCUUAAGUCUUAUCCUUACAAGAAAAUUGUAGCAAGAAACUUUCAUUUGCAGGAAAGUGUCCCUUUCUUCAUACCGUCUAUAUCAAAUGGCAUAUCGAAAGAAAUCACACUAGAUGACAAAGAUAAAACAGGACAGGAAUCAAGGCCUCACAGGAAGCUCAUUUCUAAAUCUUCCGCCAAGACUCCAUCAAAACGUUUUCAUUUGCAUGAAAGCAUUCCAUCCUUCCUCCCAUCUUUCCCAAACGAUAUAUCAAAACAAACGCUACAAAUUCCCAAUGUAAAAUUACCAUCAUCUGCUCUUAAAGCAAGCAGUAAAGAACAAGAGACCUCCAUGUGUCAACACAAGGUAGUUUUACGGAAUGUGCGUUUAAAACACGGACGGAAGCUAGCGACGUUUGAGCUGCGAGGUCGGGUUGCGUCGAUCGUGAAGUGCGUGGAGAAAUGCUGUAGAAGGCAUUGGUGUAAUGUGGCGUACAAAGUCGGUAGCUAUUGUUAUUCCGUGCAUUGUCCUACAGAUGAAGCUUGUGAACCUGUCAAGAUUGAGGAUUUGGGAAUAUUGUCCGACUAUGUGCUGCUUGAUAGGCCGCAGAAUAUGAAUUACAGUAUGUUCAACUUCUUAUUAUCACUCUGCCUUUUUGAUAAUAAAACCAAUGAGCAGAAACUUACCAUUCCACCAUAACUGUCGUAUGGUGUCAGCCAGAGGCGCUGCCGCGAUCACGUUUGAGCUGCGUCAUAGAAUAAAGAUCCAUAUAGAAGGGCCACUUACGUCGGAAGCUUUGAAGUUUCUGUCCUCGCGCAUGUCGCAUUACGCAUGUUGGCCGCCAUUUUCCUAGCCAGUCAAUGACAUUUUCUAGCCAAUAAACACGCUGUACUGGCUGGCUGCUCCGCCUUCUGGCCAGUAAACUGCAUAUUUUUGCAUAAAAAAACGAGGACACGUUGCGUCGCUGAGUGGCCCUUCUGUUACUGAUCUUUAUUCUGUGGCUGCGUCCUUAGCAAUACACGCUUCCGGAAAGUAUGUCACUUUGGUUAUUGAGCCUCGUUUUCGUACUAGUUAAAGGGGCAGUGUCACGGUUCUACUGCGCAUCCAAAAUAUGCGCGAACUUGAAAAACUGUCUGCCAACAAUUAAUCAAGUUAGGAGUGAAAUACGAUAUACUAUUUAUAAUCCCUUCGUUAUGCAGGACAUCCUUGCUUUGUUUUAAAAAUUGAAGGCUGCUGCAUCUUUUCCAAACGUGUCGCAUUAAUUUUAAACGUUUCUUUGCGCCGUUUAUUUUAGCCAAUCAGCGCCGUGACACUGCCCCUUUAAAGCUAACGUCUCAAUCACGAAGACAAGACUCUAUAACCAUGGUGACAUACCCUAGAAAUAACCAGUGAACUGUAAUAACACUGGAACGCUAACUGCAGAUAAACAUGCCCAUACUUGCCUGAAGCCAAGAUGGCGCUUCUCGCGAGCUCAGCGAGCAAUAAAUUGACUUUCAAAAGGACUGGGGAGAGUUUCGAGGAGCGGGAAAUUCAGUCAAAAGUUUGUUUUUGAGCGAAAAUCAGCAAGAAAAAGCACUUUUUUAUCAACAGGCUUCAACUUAAAAGAUCCAAACCUGGUUUCCUGGAUAGUUCUAAGUAUUUUACACCCACUAACAGCAAAAACUUCCUGGGUAACAGCUUGAUAUUCAAAAUAUUACACAAGUUUGAACGUGCCGAAAAAAACUUCGCACUUUGACUCGAGCUUUGACUCCUGAAAAAAGAACUUUAUAACUGCUCUACGUUCUGGAAAUAUGUUUUGUAUUAAAUUUCAGGUAUUGUUGAAAGUUUUUAGCUUUUUUCCUUGUUGAAAUACAGCUAUUCAGUGUCGAAAACAGACAUCUUUUCGGUGUCGUAUUUCCACUAAUUAUUAUUAUUAUUAUUAUUAUAAAUUUCCAAACUAGCAGUAACAACUGAAUUACUUUGGAAUUUCAGGGUAUAAGAACAUAGGUAUUCAAUCUAUUCUAUAUUUACAGGUAAAAAUAGGUAAGUUAGAUAAAAAUAGCGAUAAUAAUCUAAAGUUUACUUAUUAUUAUAAGCACGAGACGCAGCAGGAAUGAAACUGUUCGAAAAACGUUCAGUUCUACACCUAUAGGUACUAAUAAGUUGGGAUAAGACCUCAGAUUAUAAGUUUGAAGACUUUUACGCUGUACUAAGGCAUUCAGUUUAUGAGUGGGUUCCAACAUCUUCGAAAAAAGUCGCUUGCAAAGAACAGUUCUACGUUCGUAAAGAGUCAUCAAGUUAGCUUUAAGCAAACAUUCAGCAUAGAUAGUUACAGGGAAAAUAAUUUUUAAUGCCCUUUUUUGUAUUUUUUCAACUUGAUCACUCAGGUAAUGAGGAAGGCCAUAAUGCCACACCUGACAAGCAUAUUCGACAAUUGGUCGAAUAUGUGUACAAUAGGUUGAGAUCAGAAUAUUCGAAGGUAAAGCAUUUCUUUUAAGAAGGCGCAGACCGUACAAACGCUUCGCGGCUUUCUUGCAAAUGUAGUCAAUAUGGCAGUUCCAUUUGAGGUCGUCCGAAGAUUUCCACUCCAUACGUACAUGGCGGCCGUCAUGAGUGGCUUCAAAGAUGGCCGCCAAGUUAUCGUUCCAGUUCCCUUAGAGUUCACUGGAAAUAACAGACAUAGAAUGCGCGCUGAUGACGAAUCAUGUCUCCACUUUUUUACCGUGCGUGCCCUUUUGAAUGCGCCAUUUUGAAUUUUGAAUUCAAAUUGAACGUGAAUUGAACAUGUUCAAACAAAACUCGAAAGCCUCGCUCCUCGUGAAAAAGUUUCGGAACCGCGCGAAAUUCUUCACCGGAGGAGUCUGAACCGAGUAAAAAUGCCCUUUUCAAUGCGCCAUUUUGUGGAGACAAAGCGAGAUAGGAGCACGCAUUCUAUGUCUAUUAUUUCUAUGUGACAUACCCUCCGGAAGCGUGUUUCAGCUACAAGGAAAGAUGAUUAGCAACUCCUUUCUUUAUCUUGACCAAGACCAAAAAUUGAAAUAGUAAUUUCUUUAGAAUUUGAAUUCACUUGUAUGACCGCAUUUCUUUAUUAUAAUCUGUUUUUCAGGACGGAAUUUCAUUCCCGUUGCCGUGAUAGGGCCAGGUAAGAAGAGAAAUUUGACCAUUGACAAUGAGAAGCAUGUAAAAAGAGGAUAACAGUAAAUGGGGGGAUAUUUUAUACCAGGAAUAUAUAUGAAGCAAAGCGUCGCAUAUUAUGUAAAAAUUUUCUUUCUUAGGUGAAAAGAUGAUAACGAUUCAACUGAAUAUCACCAACGAGAAAUUUAGAGCUCCUUUGGCCGAUGUGGAAUCACUUGAUUUUUUAAAUGUUGCUGAACGUGUAGAGAAUGCUGUAAGUUCUUCACUUUACCAUUGUUCCAGAAUUAAACUCUAUUGUUUAUACUGGAUAGUUCUAUCAGUUAUAAACUGUUCUUCCUAGAGGUUCAGCAAGAAUCAUAUCUUAUUGAUCCAGUGUUACUACAGGAGGAAACCUAAACUAAACUAACUUUAUUUACACUGGAUAGCUCUAUCAGUUCUAAACUGUUCUUCCUAAAGUUCCAGUAAGAAUCAUAUCUUAUUGAUUCAGUGUUACUACAGGAGGAAACCUAAACUAAACUAACUUUAUUUAUACUGGAUAGCUCUAUCAGUUCUAAACUGUUCUUCCUGGAGGUUCAGCAAUAUCCAUCCCGUAUUGAUGCAGCGUUACCAAAUGAGUUAUUUAAUUUGAUUUAUAAUACAUUAUUUUUGUAUUGAAUUGUAUUCUAUUCUUGUAUUGUAAAUUAUAAAUAUCUUUUUUUUCAGAUAUCAAUUCUUCUAAAAGCAAGUAUUGGUUUCAAGAGUUGUGAAGUCGUCAGUUUUCGGUAAAUCACUUCAGUUCUUUUAAUUUACAAUUAUAGUUUAGUAAAUAUCGAGAUAAAAAAUUAAAUUUCGUUGUAAGAAAUUUUAGAAUUGAUGCCAGAUUCUUUCAUAUUGGAUCAUUCUAUUAAUCAUCAUUUUUUUAGUCCAACUCCUCUGGUCGCCAACGUGACCUUGAAGUUAUCAAAGGGCAGUCCUGCAAAUAAAACUGGUUCUCUGUUAUUGAAAGCUGUACGGGCUGGAAAGAUGGAUUCCACCUUAGAAGAUGCGAGUGAACAUUUUAAGUUGUCCCAAGUUGGUUUUGAAAUGAAAUCAUCGAAAGGCGAGAGCUUAGUUUGCCAUUCUGAAAUUGAUUAUCAAAACAGUUGGAGCUUAACGCUGUAUGGUGCUCUUGAUCGGCAGCCUUGUCCACGAAACGCUCAGGGUAAGUUGCACUACUGGAUAGCUCUAUCACUUCUAAAUUGUUCCUCCCAGCUAGGUCCAGAGACAGUCCCCUAUUUGUUCAGUGAUACCACGGGAGGAAACCGGAGUACCCAGAGAAAACCUCCAGUGUUUGGUAGAGUCAACCUGGAAACACUUUUCUCACAUAUAUUUGGCAGAUCAAGUCCCAGUCAUAGAAGGAAAAGGCAGAGGCACUAACCACCGUGCCAGCAACGCCCUCUUAUACCACUGUGUUUAUGUGAUUGGAAGGAAGGAAAGCAACUCCCACUAAGAAGUCUCAUUCUUACCUUGCAUACAGUUGGACUACAGUUCUAACAUGUUGUUUCAUUUUAUUAUAGGCGAGUGUUUACGGCGUUGCUUGGGAAGUGAAAAUGAAAAGGUGGCAUGGGAUGUUCCCAAUUUUAGUGGCUGUACCUCGCUUGAGUUUAGAGAUCUACAUGAGAAGGUAAGACUAGAUUUUUCACCACGGUAGUCUGAGUAUCUUGUUCUAUUUCCCUUUCAUUCGCUCGCAUUUAAGGAAGGGAGAACAGGCCCUGGUUAACACCAGGGAGGAUUACCACACUGAAACUUCACACUUCUAUCAAAGAAAUAUUUAGACUUCUAUUCCAUUUAAAUUUAAAACUAGUGUUAACUAAUCUUUUAGGCGAAACAGUUCAAGAGCCAAGCUCAAGCAAAACUUCCGUUAGAGCAAAUCGAAGCGAAAGCGGGCAUCAAACAUGUCGAAGUGUUGAAAAAACUUCAAAAGUUAACCUACCAUCACACAUUUCGCGAACACCUUGUAAAACAGGAAGACACGAACAAAACAAAGAACACCAGUCCCAGACUACAUGAUUCUCACAAACUUAAGAUUCACCAACUGAUAACAAACAAGAAACCGAAGUUAAUCCAUAAAAAUGAAUCUGAAAUCAAACCUAACCCAAGUCCCAAAGGACUUUUAUCUCUAACGAAUCAACUGCUCAACAUCAAAGAGAAACCACAAGAAGAACUUGGUAUUAACAAGAUAAAAAGUGGAAAGAAUUAUACAUUAUCAAUUGCUGAUAAAAUUGGCCUCUUACAACCCAAUACUUUGUCAUUGCCAAGUUCGGAACCCGCUCGACCAGGUACUUAUCAUGUCUUGAAUCAGCACGAUCCUGGUCUACCUCAGCACGUUCCUGGUCCAGUCCAGCACGAAACUCAUCCCCUUCAGCACGAAACUCUUCCAAUUCAGCACAAUGCUCAUCCAAUGCAGCACGUUCCUGGUCCAGUUCAGCACGAAACUCCUCCUGUUCAGCACGAAGCUCAUCAAGCACAGCACGAAACUCCUCCCGUUCAGCAUGUUUCUAAUCCACUUCAACGCGACCCGCAUCCAGUUAUAGAGAAAGGUCAAAACCGAAAUGAUAUUUCCGUGUCUGUGAGUGUCUCGGGUGAAUUUGGUCAACCAGUUACAAACGAAACAGAUCUUUCUGGCGUAUUCUUAAAAAGCGGUCCGGAUAAUAUACGAAGUCAUAUACCAACACCUGGUUCACGGAGUGGCCGAAAUCCGAGUACUUAUCCCCCUGUACAGGGACCAAGUUACGGUGGUAAGAACAUUGCCCCUCCUAAGGGCGGUUAUAUUCCUACGUCUGACCCCCGUGGUAUGAACUAUUUGAAGUCAAAAUCAAAACGCCCCAAAACAAUUUCUAAUACGUUACUAAACUGGCUUAAUGGUGCACUUAAGAAGUAUGGUAACAAUCCAAGUCCCCAUCAACAAAAAUCCUAUCAAACUGAUGCAUCACGUUCAUUGUCGAAUUCACUUCACUCCCGACUACAGAGGCACAAUGGGGGAUCACUGUUGGGGGACACCUGGAAAAACGCGGAUCACUCAGGAACUUUGCUGAAUGGACAGAGCAAUCGUCCGGUGUCAGAAUCGUCAUACGCGAGUGUUCAGCCGCAGCGCAAUCCUGUGCAAGCCUUGUCAAAACGUUCCCUUGUAUACAAUUCAUUUACAAAAUCACUCAAGGAUGGUAUUAGAUCAAAACGGCAAGCUGAUGUAUGGAAUCAAGGCCAGAAUUUCUCCCCGACAUCAUCCUACAACAGUGAUCCUAGACAAGCCAAUCCUUCCAGUGGAUAUUCCGCACAAGCUUAUCCUUCGAACGCAGUCCAAGGGCAGGACGGACAGGGUUAUCCUUCCACAAACAUUGGACAAACUUCAGAUGGUGAUGGAAGUGAGAAAACAUCAAAUAAUGCUAUUACAGCCAAUCCUGUAAACAGUAAAAAUGCAUAUUUUACUGGAAUUGAUGAUAACCAGGACUCACAACCCGGAGACUUAAAGAGCAGUGACAGUGACAAUAAUGCCGUGGAUGAUCAUACACCCCCAUUAUCAGAAAGCUCCAAUUCUAAUCUAUUAGCAGUACCUUCUCGCCCCAAAAGUAAAGCCUUGCCUGUUCAAACUCCUGGAUCAUCGUCACCAGCAUCCUCAUCAAGUCUAGUAGGGGCACCUCCACCUCCCUCCCUCCUAUCAUCAUUAAAUCUAGUAGGGGCACCCCCACCUCCCUCCUUUCUAUCAUCAUAUGAAGACAAUCCUCCCCCUCGUCCCCUGUCACCUCUACCUUCAUCAGCUCGACCUCAACCCCACCCUCCUCCCAUUUCACCACCAACAUUUGAUGACUCUAAUCCUACGCAUCGUCCUUUAUCCCCACCUUCUUUACCUGGGGUGUACUCAUCGUUUAAAGACCCACCUUCCAGUUCACCCACUUCAUAUUCACCUUCACCCCCUCAGGCUGAUACUCCUACGUCUCGCCCCUAUCAUCUUCCUACUUCUCCUCCUGCCCCAUCCUCCGAUAGCCCCCCAUCCCCUACCUCACCUUCCGUUGCUGGCCCUCCUGCAUCUUAUAAUCCCGCCCCUAACCCUGCCCCUCCCCCUUCCUAUUCCCCAGCACCUCCAACAACACCUCCAUCCACACGCCCAUCAUAUAAUUCUGCACCCCCCUCCCAAGCUUAUUCUCAACCUCCCAGCACCCAGGGGACAAACCCCACGCAACCAAACUCCAUUUCAACUUAUGGUUCUACUUAUGGGGCUAACCCUGGAUACAAUUCAUCAGCUUACCCCAAACAAUCUGACCCUAAUUCUACCUAUGAUUCUCACCUAUCCUCUUCAGAGUCUUACUAUACAUCAGCACCCACUUACCAAGGGGAUAACCCCCAAUACAAUUCCUCCUACUACCCUACCCAACCAAACCCCAAUACAACCUAUGAUUCCUCAUCACCAACCUCACAACCCACCUACCAAGGGGCUAACUCCCAGAACAACUCCUCCACCUAUCUCACAGAAGGGGCCGACGCUCGCUACAAUUCAUCCGCAUACCUCGCACCACUAAACCCUAACCCAACCGACGGUUCAUAUUUAGACACACCAAACAAAGAUCCUUCUCGUCUCUCUUCCAAGUUAACAAACUUCACUUCCACAAAUGGGAUAAACAACGAUAAAUAUACCUAUAACAAUAGUGGAUUUCCAGAUCAAAGAGCUGCCAGCGAUUUUAGUAUGCAAAAUAUUGGCGAUCCUCUAAAUAACCGUGUAACUAACGACUCAUGGAAUAAACUGUCAUCUGACUACAAUAUGACCACGCAACCUCUAUCUAUAAAUUCAACCGAUUCCAAUUCUGGAUAUAAUAAUAUAUACAAUCCUGACUACAACUUAACAUUUCAAAAUAUAAAUGGUAAUUUAGCAACCGAGCCCCCAGAACCACGAACUAGCAAAUCUCCAAAAACAAGCGAUAUAUCAAUACAGAACAGUUUGUAUAAGGACCUUGGCGAUUCACAGACCGUUGUAGGUUUCACAAACCCGAGUUCGAUGCAGGCCAACCAAAACGGUAGCUCGAGCGAUAUGCAAGAGUUAGGCACGAUAUUAAAUGACAUUCAUUCGCCACGCUUAACAAUUGAAGACAUGAAGAAACGGAUUAAAGAGUUUUCAACCGGUUAUAAUGAUAAACAAGCAACUGGGCAGAAGAAAACCUUAGCGGAACAAGACAAUGGAAGCGAGGAUGCUUUGGUUAAAGGGAAACACAUUGCUCCGAUGUUCGGAGGAGAUUUGUUACUUGCUGCUGAUACGGUUAAACAUUUGGCAAAGUUUAAUGACUACAUCAGGCCACCCAUUGUCUUGGAUGAUGUAAAGGUAGGGAGUAAAGCCUCUCAACCUUGCUUCUCUCACCAUUUCUGCGAUAUCUACCACCCCAUAUUUUCUUCUGAUCUCUUCAUUCCAUAAUGUCUCUGACCAGCUCUCCUUCAUCUCUUCUUAUUAUAAGUCUACACUAUCUUAGCCUUGCGUCCUUCGCCUUCUCUGGAAUAUCUACCACCCCACAUCUUCUGAUUUAUUAUUCCUUAUCAGUUAUAGUUAUUAUUCCUUAUCAGGUUUUAAUUUUAUGGCUUGUGUUUUUAUUUUGUAGGCAUUUCUGAAAUCUUGUAGCAACAUUCUCGAUAUGAUGAAUUCAAGAGAAUGGAAAAAUGCCCAAAGGGUAAGAUAAUAAGAUAAUAUGGAGGGUUGGAGACCAAUGAGGAAUUAAGAAUUGUAAUUACUAACAAUAGAAAGUUAUUUUAGCAUGUCGCGAAGUUGAAUAAGAUUGGUGUGAACAUCAUGAGUGAUAACAACGCCGUGGACUGGGAACAAGCCUCGAGAAGGACCAUUGCAGUAAGUUAUCUCUAAUAUUUUUUUAUUUUCAUGCAGCAAUAAGUGUUAACAGUUGACCAGGGCUGGAAAAACUAGACGAGCACGCGAGCACUGCUCGCAAGAAAUGUUGAACAGUUGAAGGAAAUUCGUUUGAAUGAAGAUUUGCUAUUGAAAAUUUGAAAGAAACCUUAACACCCAUGUCCCACUAUGGGCGCAACAACAUAUAGUUGACAGACAUUAUCCCUUGAAUUUAAGACCAUGAUCAGCGAGAACGAUUUAGCACAAAAAUACUCCGUUGGUUUGCAGGAAUUUUUUUGUCUGCAGGUUGUGCUCCCAGGAAGAAAAUUCUUUUUUCCUGCCCUACAUCUACUGCCUUGUAACGCUUACUGAAACUUGGUCCUAUCAACGGUUUAGGAUAUGAGACUAUAACUAUGAUUUAAAAAUUAUGAUGAAAAUAUUUAGGGCACGAAGAAUCCAUCAACUUUAUAUGAAUUGGUGGAGGCGAUCGAAGCUUUUGGCUUAUCUGCAUCAUACCAAGUGAAGAAACCGAUAAAGGAGCCAAUAAUCACUAAGAACAUAGGUAGGUGCAAGAAAGCCAGAAAGUAUUGUGAAACUAAACUAACCCUAUUUAUACUGGAUAGUCUAUCAGUUCUAAACUGUCCUUCCUAGAGAUCCAGUAAGCUUCAUUCCUUAUUGAUCCAGUGUUAUCACAGGAGGAAACCUAAACUAAACUAACUUUAUUUAUAAUGGAUAGCUCUACCAGUUCUAAACUUUUCUCCCUAGAGAUCCAGUGAGGAUCAUCUCUUAUUGAUCUGGUAUUACUGCAGGAGGAAACCUAAACUAAACUAACUUUAUUUAUACUGGAUAGCUCUAUCAGUUCUAAACUGUUCUUCCUAGAGUUCCAGUAAGGAUCAUCUCUUAUUGAUCCAGUGUUACUACAGGAGGAAACCUAAACUAAACAAACUUUAUUUAUAAUGGACAGCUCUAUCAGUUCUAAACUGUUCUUCCUAAAGGUGCUGUAAGAGCAAUCUGUUAUUCUUUAGUGUUACUACAGGAAGAAUAAUUCUGUGAUGAAUUUAUAAUUGUAUGUUUCAUUUCAGUGAUGGAGUUAAGAACAAUCCAAUCAGAUAUCCAAGAACCAUCACCAGAUAUUACAUUUCCAAAUAUCUCUGAUCCUCGUAUCCGCAAAUGGACGAAACAAAGCAACGUUAUUUCACUCUCGCCCGCAGCUUUGGAUGAGGUCGCACAAGGUGUUAACGUCGAGGCUCACGUGUCUGGGGUUCUAUUUAAAACCAUUGGAAAUUUGAGUAUUCCUGUUGAAGAAGGACAAGGGUACGUUGUGGCGUUUUUUGAAUAGUUAUAAGUAAUAAAGACUGAUAAUCUUUUGUGUUUUCAGUAGUAAUGAAACCGUGGAAAGUGGAAAUUUGAUGUCCAUGUCUGUCUAUCCAAAAAUUACUGGCGACCUAGAUCCUCCCAUUAGAAUUGCACUUGCACAUUUAAAUGUAAGUUGGUACAAAAAUAAUAUUAUUGGUGGUGGUGAUGGUGAUGAUGGUGGUGAUGAUGGUGGUGAUGAUGGUGAUGGUGAUGAUGGUGGUGAUGGUGGUGAUGGUGGUGAUGGUGAAGAUGGUAAUAGUAUCUAA